AUUAAAAGAGAAUUUGCAAAAGAUGGUUCUGAUAUGAAACAGAGCCCAUCCCUCUCCUUUUCUCCUUUUUCAUGAAAGAUAUUGGAUGGUCCUCCUUCAAUGUCCUCAACUACUUACCACUUAUCUUUCUUUUUUUCUUAUUAUUUAUUGAUUAAUUAGUUUCCAAUUUUAAUUUCAGUUUCCAGUUCUUUAAAAUGAAACAAAUACACAUCUCACUUAUGGAUCUAUAUAUAUAUCAAUGUCUAUUUACAUGCAUAUGUAUAGAGAAUAUAAGUGUGAGUUUCUAGGUUUGUUGAGGAUGCUUUUUCGACAAUAUUGCUAGAUAAUUGGUCUGCUUUUUCGAUUUUCUUUUAUGUAUAAAUACAGUUCAGCUAACAAAAACGUGUAACCUUCUGUUUUCUGAAAGUGGGGUCUUAUACCUGCACAACAAUAUUCCUUCAAAUGAAACUCAGAAACCAAAACAGAAAUAACAAAAAUAAAGAGAGAUAUUUUUACAAGAACAACAUAAUUUUUAGAAAAGCAGAAGCAGCAGUUAAGUGAUACUGAGAUUAAUAAUAAUAUAUUAUCUCUUCAAAAGAGUUUCUCAUUAGUAACUUCCCCUUUGUGCUGAUCUAUCAUAUAAUCUUCAAAACCCAGGUAAGAAUCAAUGGAGGAAGGUGGGAGUAGUCACGACGCAGAGAGUAACAAGAAGCUAGUGAGAGGGAAGAUAGAGAUAAAGAGGAUAGAGAACACGACAAGUCGUCAAGUAACUUUCUGCAAACGACGCAAUGGUCUUCUCAAGAAAGCUUAUGAGCUCUCUGUCUUGUGUGAUGCGGAAGUUGCACUUGUUGUCUUCUCCACUCGUGGCCGUCUCUAUGAGUACGCUAACAACAGUGUGAAGGGUACAAUUGAAAGGUACAAGAAAGCUUGUUCCGAUGCCGUCAACCCUCCUACUAUCACCGAAGCUAAUACUCAGUAUUAUCAGCAAGAAGCCUCUAAGCUUCGGAGGCAGAUUCGGGACAUUCAAAAUUCUAACAGGCAUAUUGUUGGAGAAUCACUUGGUUCCUUGAACUUCAAGGAACUCAAAAACCUAGAAGGAAGGCUUGAAAAAGGAAUAAACCGCGUCCGAUCCAAGAAGAAUGAGUUGUUAGUGGCAGAGCUUGAGUAUAUGCAGAAGAGGGAGAUGGAGUUGCAACAUGAUAACAUGUACCUGAGAGCUCAGAUAGGAAACUGCGCUAGGCUGGAUCCGGAACAACAGGAAUCGAGUGUGAUACAAGGAAUUGCGGUUUAUGAAUCUGGUCUGUCUUCUCAUGAUCAGUCACAGAAUUAUAACCGGAGCUAUAUUCCGGUGAACCUUCUUGAACCGAAUCAACAAUUCUCCGGUCAAGACCAACCUCCUCUUCAGCUUGUUUAAGCUUAACAUGAUGAAAACUUGUUUCUUCCACUCGAAACGAUCUAGAGAGCAGGAGUACAUAUAUUUAUGCGACUUCUUAUGCAUAGUUUAGGUUCCGGUGAUAAUAAAACAUAACUCUUGUUCCUAUUGCCUUUUGAUCUAUCUUAUUAAUUUAGAAUUAAUACAAAGUCAAUAUGAGUCUUUAAACGUUGUUGACAGAAAAAAAAGGAAUUAAUACCAAGGACUGUCCAUUACAAAAC